AAAGUUGAAGAUAUAGAAGAAGCUAGGAGCAGUAAACAAUCUGCUUUAACGGUUGUUGAAGAUAGUAAACUAACAGAGCUCUUUGACAAAGUUCUCCUUCUCGACUGCAAAAGCGAUCUGCAAGUCAUCGAAGAAGGCGAGAGCGUAUCAAGCAAGCCUCAGGUCACCAAGAAAGAAGGAGGACGCACCAAAAAGAAGAGCCAAACAUUUGAUUUCCGCACGCUUCUCACGCUAUGUGCACAGUCUAUUUCAGCAAGGGACAAAAUCACAGCCGACGAUUUGCUGAGACAAAUAAGGAAACAAUGCACGCCUCUGGGCGACGCGUCGCAGAGGCUGGCUUACUUCUUCGCCAACGCACUCCAGGCGCGUCUGGAAGGUAGCUCUGGAUCCACGAUCACGAGCUACUACGACUCCAUCGCCUCCAAGAAACGAACGGCCGCUCAAACUCUUAAAUCCUACCACGUGUUCUUGUAUGUGUCUCCCUUCAUGACUUUGAUGUACUUCUACUCCAGCAAGAUGAUUCUCGACGCUGCGAAAGACGCUUCGGUGCUUCACGUCAUAGACUUUGGGAUCCUCUACGGUUUCCAGUGGCCUAUGUUUAUACAGAAUAUAUCAAAAAGCAAGACCGGGCCACGGAAGCUACAGAACGGUGUAGAGAUUCCUCAGAACGGGUUCUAUCCGAUGCAGAGGAUAGAGGAUAUGUGUCGGAGACUCACGGAGUAUUGCAAACAGUUCGGUGUCCCGUUUGAGUACAAUACGAUCGCGUCCAGGAACUGGGAGACGAUACGUUUGGAAGAGUUCAAGAUCCGACCAAACAAAGUUCUCGCGGUUAAUACUGCUCUCAGGCUCAAGAACGUUAGAGACGUGACUCCUGGCGGGGAAGAGGAUUGUCCUAGAGACAGGUUCUUGAAACUGAUCAGAGACAUGAAGCCUGACGUUUUCCUCAGUUCGACGGUUAACGGGUCUUUCAAUGCCCUGUUCUUCACGACGCGGUUCAAAGAAGCUUUGUUUCAUUACUCGUUGCUGUUAGACAUGUUUGGUGCGACUCUUUCCAAGGAGAACCCGGAGAGGAUACAUUUGGAAGGGGAGUUUUACAGGAGGGAAGUGAUGAAAAUGAUCGCUUGUGAAAGAGUGGAUAGGGUUGAGAGGCCGGAGACUUACAAGCAGUGGCAGGUGAGGAUGAUGAGAGAUGGGUUUAAGCAGAAGCCUGUGGAAGCAGAGCUUGUUGAGUCUAUCAGGGUGAAGAUGAAGAAGUGGGGUUACCAUAAAGACUUUGUGCUUGAUGAAUAUAGUAAUUGGUUCUUGCAAGGUUGGAAAGGUCGCAUCCUAUUCUCUUCUUCUUGUUGGAUCUUCUCUUAGCUUUUGUAUUUAUGUUUUGUUUGUUUCUUCUACUUGGGUUUCCUUUGCUCCGCAAUGUGACAUUUUAUGUAUCACAUGUUGAAAGCAGUAAGAAGUUAACUGAAUUUUUAGUGCAGAGACUAAAUCAAACUAGGUGAUGAAGGCUGCAUGUCGUAUCUAGUAGAUAGAUAAAACAUGAAGAUAAAUUAUCAUGUUUUGUUAUUGCCUUCCAUAUAAUUUACAUUUGAGUAACAAUCUGGAUGUCUAUGUUGGAACCAUAUGGGGCUCAAUUCGGUAAAAAUAUGAUUAAAGGUUAGAGAAAUCAAUUUUUUAUUUGUUGUGUUCAUGUUAACUUUCAUUAUGGUUGAUUACACUAAUACUUUUAAGGAAUUAAAAAUAUUUCAUUUAAAUAAUAUUAUUUAAUUUUUAUUACGUUUCAUUUUUGAUAUUUUCCAAAUAAAAUAUAUAAUAAAAAGGAAACAUUUAUAAAGUUUAAAAAAAAAUUAAAAACAAAAAAUAUAUGUAUAUAUAAUAUGAUUUCAUUAAAAAGGAAAGUUCACAAAAUGAAAAUAUUCCUUUUAGAAAAUUAU